GCCGCAAGAGGCACCCAAAACGUCCCGACUGAAUCAUUGGAGGAGCCAAAAGACAGCCCCAGAGAAUCUGAACACUGCCCCGCAGCAACGUUUAGCUCAAGCAACUUCGGCUCAGAGGGUAUCGUUGUCCGCCCCGCUCUCGCAAUGCGGCAGCCCACGUGGCGGGAGACAGGCGGCUGGCGCGAGCUCGUGGGCGGCAGGCCUGCAGCGGCGUCGUUGCUGCCGCUUUGGCUGCUUGCCCAGCUGGCGCGUCCAACUCCCGCGCCGGAGGACUCGACCGUGACGGCGCUCGGCGACGGUUGGCCGGUCGGGGGCGCGGACGAGAGCUGCGACUGGCCGAUGUGCACCAAGCACCGCGUGCCGUGCGAGACGAAGAUGGUGGGCAGGUGUGUCGGGAUGCCGUGCCUCACCAAGGGCGCGGAGUGCCGCGUGGGGCGGUGCUUCUGCAAGCAGGACUACUGCGGAGCGCCGUACUUGCCACACAUGGGGCGCUGCGUGCCGCAGGCAGUCUGCAAGGGGGCCGCGCCCCCGGAUUUUGAAAGGGGCGCCUGGCUCAGGGUGUUCUCUGCGAUGGGCAGCCCAGACGAGUUCCCGAGACUCUGGGAGAUGCCGGACCGUUGGCACUGGCUUCCUCUCUCGCCUCGCUGCUGGCCAGCGAACGUGCUGUUCGUCCUCGGCCUGGCAGUUGCACACCUCACCGGGGUCGCCCUGUGCAACAGGUUCGUCGAUUGCACCUGGUGUACGAGAAGGAGCCCCGACGAAGCCUGGGUUUUCUGCGCCUGUCAGAGAAGGAGCGGCACGCCACCUGCCGAGCAGUGGUCUCGAGGCGUGCCCGGGUGCAUCCUGCCGGCUGGGGCAGCAGUCAUGGUGAUAGUGCUCUGCGCCGCCGGACAGGCGGAUCGCGUCUUGCACUACAGGACGGGCGCCCUCAUUCUGGGGACGCAGGCGGCACACUUGAGCAACGACACCGCGGACCUUCUCAACCGAACGCGCCAGCUCAACUGGACGGCUUCCAAUUUGAGCGUCGUAGUCCAAGACGUCCGGAAUUGCAAAAGGAACCCGACGAUGUCUCGCGUCGGCCGUAGGUUCGUCAAUUCCACAGUGUCUCUCGCACAUAACAUUCACGUGUUUGACCAGAUCGUCCGCGAUAUCAACGAUGAGGCGAAGAAGUUCCGCAACAGGCUGGAGAAGCAACGGGCUGUGUGGGUUUAUUGGACUUGUUUCAUACUUUUGCUAAGUUGCGUCCUCUCCUUAGCUAUGCUUACAGAGGUUGUCAGCGCCAGGUAUUCGCUUUGUUUGUGCCGGCGUGCAGAACGAUCGUCUGCUAUAUGCGCGUUCGUCCUCGUAUUUACCAUCGGCGUAGUCGCGACAGCAACCUCUUGCUUAUUAUCUGCUGUCAUUGGGGUCUCCCAGAUGUGCCACGACAUCGAUACAAAUGUCAUUCGAGGCGCAGAGGUGUUAUCCGCUGGGCGCGAGGACGAGGGCAUCAUAACCAACAUCACAAGGUUUUAUGUGCGGGGUGACAUAUUCAACCCCCUCGACCACUAUGUAGACAUGAUAGAGAUCUACAUCGACGCGGUUCUCGAACUCUACAAGGAAUUCCAGAGCUCUAUUAUCAUUCCUCAUGGGUACACAUGUCCCGCUCUUCUUGAUUUGAAUGUCCCAGGGAUUCAUAGCGUCGUGAGGUCUGUCAUUGGGACCGCCAGAAAAGUACUGAACACUACUAACGUCUACCCGUAUUAUGAGGAGACCGUCCGUGGCUAUCUUUGCAACCAUGUGCCAUCCGCAGUGGGCACGUUUCUGAUAUUGCAGGUGCUCGUCGGCCUUGUCUUUCUCCCUCUGGCGGCUGUGGCUAACCACCAGUACGUGUCGAGGAAGAGUGUGCUGAAUAGUGAAGGGGCAACGAGCGACUCGGACGAGUACGGCCUGGAGGAUUCGGAGACAAGUUCGACCGCCAUUGCCAGGGUGACCUAAGCAUCUUGCAACGCCACAGAGGUGCCGGGCUUCCAGAUGCCGUCCAUGUUGACAGAAGCGGUCUCGACGUUUCAGUUCGUGCACAUUGUUCUCAGAACAGCCUGCUCUGCACGCGUAGACCAGGGUCCUGUCUUGUGGCAACUGGCCAGAGGUGCUCAGAGGCAGCUUGCUGGAGGCUGUAUGCUCGCGACCUGUUUUUGACCCGCGUAUGUUGCCGAAGCAGGGAGCAGACCCAUUGCGGUCGGAAGGGGCCCGCGCUCGCCUUCUUCGAAGCGGAGCAAGUUUCCAGCAGCGUCCGAGAAGUUUCUCCAGUUGUUUCAGCAAGCCCCGUGCGCACCUCCCAGUGCGCACCCACGCGGCUGCACACGCGAGCCUGUAUCGCUGUGCUUCCACAGCGGGACCCCGUCCCCUGUAGCUCAACUUGUAGCUCCGUUGGCACAGAGCGCCCCAGCUUGAGCUCUGCUUCAGGUCGGCAGUGAAGCCUGGCCGCCGUCGCGUGCUUGAGUUCCUCUCCCGAGCGCGCAGCUGCCGCUGGCGGCUGUUCUCGGCAGGCAGUUGUGCCGCUGGUCGGAGGAGGGCCAGCAGAGACAACGGCGGCCCUUCCAGCCUGGCCCAAAUCCAAUGGAAAUUGCCUCGGACCGCUCUCGGGUUCUAGCCUGACCCCUUUUUCGAGGCAGAGGAGGAGGAG